UGCAAUCUCGUGCUUGAGACCUGGCUCAAUGAUAACUUAUCUUACAAUGCCAUUCAGAACUAUGUACUCCCAUCCGUACAAGCGUUCAAUGAUCGUGCAAAGGGGUAGCCAUUAUGUCGAUUAACUAUACCCUUCCGGAACCUCCAAACGAUUAUGAGUCUGUGACGGAACCUUCUGCCAACGUAUUGACCAGCACUGCUUAUCUAUUCACCGACAUCUUUCUCAACGGACUAUUCAAGACUCCUGUGAUACCAAUCGAAGGCCUAAACACGAUAGACAUCGAAAACUUCGACCCAUUCGUGGAUUAUCUAGCCGAGCACUGGCAGGAUGUACUUAAACAAGAUUGGCGUCUUCUAACAACCCUUUCGUUGGGAGUUCUUUUGAUCUUGGCUCUUCCAAUUUCCGCAAUCGUCUAUUGCUGCGUCAAGUGUUGCUGUUCCAAAGUUGGCCAAGCACCCAAGAAAGGGGAUCGCACGUUGAUCCUUAGCCUUGGAUCUGUCACGGGGCUAGGUCUAAUCUUGUGCUGGUUGGCCUUUGCUUGGACUUGUGGUGCCAAAGUGGAGUUUGACCAUCACAUUCACAAAGGGCUGAUCGAAAGCAUCAACGUAGGAGCCAACGAUGCUCAGCUUUACUUGAACAACCUAGCAUGUGAGGUGUCCCAUCUAGCCAAGACGGAUUUUGGCCUUUUGAGUGAGGCCUUGGAGAAUCAAAUCGACCAAAUCGGUGGGGAAUUUAGUAGUCUUCUAAAUGAUACGGUGGAUGAGAUUAAAUUUAAGGAGAUACAAACUAACGCCAAAGAAAUAACGGACUUUGUCACUAAUUCAAAUGGCAAUUUAAACAUUACAGUUGAAAAAUUGACCUCUUGUUCAAUAAAUGCAGAGAAAAUUGCCAAGCAGGUAACCAAUUUCAAAGAAGAAGAAGACCAUUCGCUUUUUGAAAAUGAAGACUUUUGUAAGAUAGUUGGCGAGUCACCUUGCGAAAAGUUCCGUAAAGCUAAGGAAGACAUUAAUUGUGAGCUCGCAACGUUUGAAAAUAUUAUUCAGGCGGCAAAGGAUAUCCUCAUUGGUGCAACAUUAGAGGAAGAUGUCGUUGUCGGGAUUGGCAAAAUUCCAGUCGAGUUGGAAAAAGCUUUGGACGAGAUUCUAGGCUUCCAGCAAACAUUUGACUCCAACUAUGCCAGCAUAUUCAAAGAACAAAUCGACGAGAUCCAACAAUAUGCCGCAGAGGUCUCGGAAUCCAUCCAAAACUUCACCCAAGACAUUCAACUCGACGAGAUUACCAGCAACUUAACAGGUGUUGUUAAUGACACCAUCACGGAUUACUACGGUUAUGUCAGCUAUGCUGGCUUACUCACGCCUUUGAUUCUGAUCGGGAUCAUCUUGGCGGUUCUUACCUUGGGCUUAAUCUGUGGAUGUGCCGGAAAAUCUGGCACCACCCUGAGCAGAACUGGCGGGAUCUCAAUGUUUUCGGCCACGAUGGUCACUCUCGUAUUAGGUUGGAUAAUCUGGUUGUUGGUGACCGUGUUCUAUCUUGUGGGCGCCUUGACUCAGGAGGUUGGCUGUACAACCCUGGAAGAUCCCGUUCAUUCUCCCUACUACACAGAGACCCAAAUCCCUCGAUUCCUGGACAAGAUGUAUCAAGAACUCCUCAACACCACCGAGUCCUUCGAUCUGAAUGCCACUUUGACCGGCUUUAAGAAUGGUGAUUCACUCUACCAUGCCCUUGAGGUUGAGCAAUUCUUUGAUCUGGAUGAGUUUGACAAUUGGCAGGAGUCAUUUAACAUCAGUGAAAUCUUGGACGAUGUCAAGGUCCAGAUCGAUGAAGGAGUGAUUGGUAUUGUCAAUGCCAUGAAUGCAAGUCUCGACGAGGAACAGCUAACACAACUGACGAAUACAUUGAAACCCAUUGUGAGUGGAUUGAAUGAUGCCAUAGAUGUUAUUGAUACGAGUGUUCUCAUCAACCAGACAGCACUUCAGAGUUUAAACGACUUAUUGGAGAGUAUGAAAACAAAAUUAGAAGAAUCCCCAAAUUCGGAGGAAUUUCUUUCUGCUUUGAAGCCGAUUCAGAACUCAGUGCAAGCUAUUGUGAACAGCACUGAUGACCUGACACGGAUUCUGGAUGAAGCCAAGAACAAGGCCAAGGACAUCAUUGCGGCAGUAACCAAAAUCAUUGGCAGUGAUAAUUUAAGGGCCAAUGAUGAAAAUAGUCUCCUCGACCAGAUCAAAACCCUUCUGGAACAAGCCAUAACGGAAGUAAACGAUGUGACGCGGAAUGACAUCCUUGCUAUAUUCGACAACCAAAGCAAAACUCUCAUCACCACGGUGGAUGGGUUUAUCCAAUUCAGCAAAAAUUACUCCAUCAACGACUUCGGCAAAACUGGACCUGUCUACAAUAUUUACCGUGGCGUCAUUGUAUCUUUGUGUGACUCAACAGUGAAUCCGUUCAAUGCAUAUUGGUCCGGAAUGGGUGUGAUCUUGAUCCUGCUGGUCCCUGUCAUGAUUAUCAGUUGUAUUUUGGAACCCGUAUUGAGACGGAGAGGGACUCGUCAAUUCCAAGACGUUCGCACAACACAUCCGAAGCACUUACAAGUCAACUCGGGAACUUAUCCGAAUGAACAAGGAUACGCAAACCCUAAUUCCAUCAUGCCCCAUGAGAGUCGCUCCCGGCCCUCAAAUAUGGACAACCGAAACCAUCCAAGUCAGCAUAUUUAUGAAGACCUAAGACCCCCAAGUGGCAAAACGGGCGUGACUAAAUAUCGACCGGAGGAUUACUUUCCUGGAUAUGCAGGAAAGGGUCGAAAGAAUCCACUAGAAAGCGCUCAAAUCCGUCGGCCGACUCAAGCCUUCCACCCUGAAUAUCGCCGAUCACCGUCAACGCCCAAAGGGAUUGGCCCGGAUGGUCGAUUCAUUUAUGAAAUACCAUCGGUUUAUAGACGACGAACUUCUUUCUGAGAUUGAGAGGUGCCAUCAAUAUUUAAUCUUAAUCGGAGAGAAAUUGAGAAUAUAGCUCAGAAUACUU